AUGGAGUGGCGCUCCCGUGGCCAGAUCGAGAUGGAGCGGCGCUGGCCGUGCCGCAUCGGGAAGGAAGCCAAGGUACAAGCGAAGGACGUCAUGGCUCUGACGGUGGCGGUCGCGGUACCCAUGGAGGAGGCUGAGGUGCAGGUGGAGGAGGUCGCGAUGCUGGCGGUGGAGGUCGCGGUGCCGACAGAGGAGAUCAUGGCGCCGUCCAGAGGGGUUUGCGCUUACGACGGAGGAGGCGGAGGCCACUGCGACGGUGGCGCAGCCCACGAGUCUCUUGUUAAAGCCCAAGUAGAGCGCAAAUCCGGCCCGGUCAGAGUUCCCCUCCUCCUGGUUCCCGGCGGCGACUGCGGCGGCGGCGGCGGCGGCGACGCGAACGCCGAGAUGAGCGUGUUCGGCGGCGACAGCUGGGCGCGCGACGCGCGGCAGCGGAAGCGCCGCCUCGACGACCUCAUGCUCCCCGCCUCGGCAGUGUCCCCAUCCUCGUCCUCGCCCGAUUCGUUCAGGAGGCUCUCCAACGGCAAGUUCGCCUGCCUCGUCUGCCCCCACCGCCCCGUCCUCGACUCCCCCCUCAUGCUCUCCAUGCAUAAUAAAGGUUCACGGCACAUUGCAGCAGAAUCGAGGCUGAGGGAGAAAGAAUUAUCAAGACAACAAGAGAUCAACAAGAGACUUGCUAUUUCUCCAGAAGCUUCCGUUUCAAGUUCUGGUAAGCAACAUUAUGGUGUUAGGUCUAGUGAUAUGAAAGAAAAACCAUUGAUUCAGCAGACAAGACAAGCUAUUUUGGAAGCACAGUCCAGCAGAUUUAUCAUCGACAGCGCCAACAAGAAAUCUCAUGAUCUGGAGAGGACAUCAAAUUCUUCACUGUGUGAUUCCCAAGUUACUCCUAGUGUUCCAAUGGAAAAAUGGAGUGGAGAUACUGUGAAAGGAAAAAUCUUUGCUGGUGACAGAACUGCAACCAAAAUGCUUGCAGAGGAGCAAGCAGAUUUCCAAAAACGCCAGGAGCAAGAACUCAAAUUCACUGCUUCAGGAUGGAAACGAGAUGGCCAUGGAAGAUGGUACAGGGAUGAAAAUGUGGAGUUUGACUCAGAUGAAGAUGAUCCUAACAUAUGCCUUGGCUAACCAUUUUAAGGGCAUUCUGGAUGCAACAUGAUAAUGGUAUCUUGUCUAACAGGUUGAUUAUUAGUUGUGCCGUGGUUGUUGUACUGUCUGUUUUCUAAUUCUUUUUCCUUGUAUGUAUUCAUAAAAUGAUGAUGUACUAUAAUGUGCCUACUGAACUGAAUUUGUCUUUGCGAGUGAACCAAAGCCUCUGUAAUGUUCUAAUUCUGUUGUUACUAUAGAUUGAUAAUUUUGGAGGGCGUUCGUAUGAUCA